AUUUACGACUCAUUUGUUUAUUUAUGAUCUCCACGAUAAAAAAAAAAUCGAAAUAAAUGUAUUGUUAGCUUGUCGACGGAGCGAUUUCGGACCAAGCUGCUCUCGAAUGUCACCAAGUGUCUCUUGCUUUCACCAGAAACCACGCCAUGGGUCGCCUGGACGAGGCCGCUAAGCGUAAAGUGGUGGAGCUGAGAAUGGCCGGCUUGAGUUUCCGCAAAAUCAAGGCCGUGCUGGAGCUGGAGAACAUCAAGGUGUCGGCGCAGGCCAUCUACCUGUUCCUCCGGGAGUUCCAAGGCAGGCGGCCGGGCAGGGUCAGGCCCCCGGAGGCCGGGGGCAACGCGACAACGGCGCACGUCCAGAAUCUAGUCGGCGGCUUGCAGGAGAGCUGGAACAGCACACGUCUGCAAAACUUGCUACGAGGCGCGUCACACCACGCUGGCUUCACCAAGCACGCCAAGCAAGCUUCAGCGGAAGCGGACGGCAACGCGAAAGCAUCCGGGUGUGCGGAAGGCGGCGCAGAGAGCCGGCUGGACCAGCAGCAGCAGCAGUCCGCGGAUGAUAACGACGUCCAGAUCGUGAGCGUCACCUCACUUGCGCAGAGUCGGCAAAGAGCGGAGACGAGCGCCACGUCUUCUCCGGGAACAGCAUCCUUAGCCUUCGCCAGGAGGAGAGUGACGCCCUCCCCCGCCACCAGUUCCAUGCUGGCAGCCCGUAAACGGAUUCUGGAUAAGGCCUUGACGCACAGGAUGAAGCAGGUGGCGUCAUUGUCGCGGCGAGAUCAGGCCAACGUCCAAAGAGCCGAUGCGGCUCCGAUGUCACAGCAGCAGCCACCGCCGUCGUCAUCUUCAGCGGCAUCAACACAUUAUGAUCUGACCGCAGACAAGACCAGACUGGAGGAUGGUGAAGCCAACACGAGCAGGCAGAGACCUGGACUGUUGAUGCGCUCCCCCCACUCGCUACCUCGAAGUGGAGUCCGGCUUCCCAACCGUCCGCAGGCUACGUUAGCAUCCUCGGCUCCCGGGGGCCCCGUCAUUCGCAUGCAGACCUCAGGAGGGCCGGGGCCGACACAGAGCGCCAUGGCGAGGGGCGGUCUGCAGGAUCAGAUCCAGACGCUGGGGUGCGAGGUACGCAGCCUGGGCCUGGCCGUGAAAAUGCUGGCGGAGCAGCAGAACCGCUUGGAGAGGGAGCAGGUCCAGCAGACGCACAUCCAGAAGCAGAUCCUCAGCACACUCCAGAGCCUCGCGUCCCGGGCGGGACCCCGCGGCAACGCUCGGCAAGGACGAAACAAAACUCCGUCCCCUUCCUGUUUGCCCGUCGCCUCGUCCUCAUUCAGCCAAGACUCAUUCGACUUCAGCCAAGUCGCCUUCAGCCAGUGCAGCCAAAACCAAGCAACCUACGACUCGCUCGAGAGUCUGGAACCCGUCGAGGCCUUUAAACUCCCCGUCCUGAACCCCGAGGGCAUGAACGGCUUUCCGCCGUGCAGCGCCAGCGAGAACCUGCCGCUCACCCACACCCCUCCGCAGACUCAGCAACCGUACACGGGCGCAUACCCGCCGCAAACCUGUCAGACCCUCUUGGCGUCGUACGGCCAGCCUUACGUGCCGCCGUACGACCGCUCGCAUCCGCAACCGUUCAGAGAGGCGGGAAGCAAGACUUCGGAUUUCGAGAGCAGCUGCUCCGGCAGAGGUGUUCAGGACUGCAGCAUGUCGACGCAGGAUCAGAACCUCAAUAUUAUCAAAGUGGAAGGACCCUAGGCUGAUUGUAGCAUAUUUCUCUCUUUUUUUUUUUUUUUUUUUUUUAAACAUCAUAUUUAUUUCGUCAGUACAGUGGAACCUUGACCGCCAGUUUGUUCAAAAAAAAAAAAAAAAACAAAUAGAGGAAAACGAAUCGGUGCGUUCUAGCAUCUCGAACUGUGGCCACUGUGAAUCUGGAAAUAUUUAAAAAAAAAAAUAAUAAUUUUUACAUAUUUAACUCUACAAGCGUAAAAAUAGGUUUCUCUUUCUUGAUCCGGUUUUCAGUCUUCACAAAAAGGCAUUUCCGUGCUAUUUGUAACGUCGAUGAAUGUAGAGGACACACAUACGAAUUUUGAACAUCUUAGUUUUUAAAAUUUGAGAAAUCACAAAAGACAAAAAAAAAAACCCUGUGGUGUGCUUACGUCUUUUAUGGUCUAUGGUCCAUUUGAGAUGACUGACAGACCCGAUGUAUGGAAAUAAAUAUAUGUGCCACCAGGAUUUGAAUUUGAAAUGCCACAGAAAACAGGAUUUGAAUCUGAAAUUUAAAGUAAUCAUAUUUUCAAUACAGCAACGCCUCGGUUCUCGACCACGAUCCGUUCCAGAAAACGGUUCGAAAACCGAAUUGUUUGAAAAUCAAAUUGAUGUUUCUCAUUACAAUGAAUGGAAAAAGAAAUAAUGCGUUCCAAGCCUAAAAAACAUUUAGCUUUAGCUGAUAAUAAACUGCAUAGUAGAAAUACAUGUAUAGUUUAAAACCUUAUGCAACACAAUAAUUUCGGAAAUAUAUUUAUUUUUUUCUUAAAAUGUAUGCUUUAGUAGUAGCGUACGCUAGGCUGGGAGUGCAUCGCCAUAUCUGUAGCGAUUCGGUCCCCAGCCUUAUAAACUUUUUUUUGUUAGCAAAAGGGCAGAAUAACUUUAAACAAUAAUGAGGGGGAAAAAAAGCUUUUUUUUUUUCUUUUUUUUUUUUUUUACGAAAAGUAAUUCAAAAACAUUCGUAACUCGAGUUAAACAAAACAAAAAUUCAGAAAUGGUUUAAUAACUGUACAUAUCAAAUGUCUUCAGGGGUGGUGACUUGCCCCCUUUUAACAAAAAAGCAAUUUAAUGUCAUGCUGCUUGCACCGCGCGCAUUAUUUCCCGUUUUUGUUUUUUUUUUUUGCGACGUGGGAUUUCACAAUAAAGCGAGUCAUGGGUCAGCUGGUCUGGCCGCACGCAAUUUGUUGUAUCCGUUUUUUUUUUUUUUCAUCUUCGUUCGAAAACAGAAGUAAAAAAAAAUCUCGAAAUUUACGUUGAAAACCGAUUUGUUCGAAAACAGGGACGUUGGAAAACCGAGGCUUUACUGUAGUUGUAUUUCAGUGUAACUUUUCAAUGUUAAGAAUUCAAUCGACUACAGUUCGCCGUCGAAAAUUCCGGGUCUGUGCCACCAGGCAGGGUUACUUCAGGUCAGAACCGAGACAGCCAGCCAAUCGCAGUUGCGCUUUCUUAGUCACGUGACGUCACAGACUAAGUAAGCGUAACUGGAUUGGCCGGCUGUUUGCUUCUGACCUGAAGUAACCCUGCCUGGUGGCACAGACGCUGACUUUCAGACAGCGAAUUAUAGCAGCUACUGAAAAUGUAUCACUUUAGAUUUGAAAUUCAUAUCCUGUUUCCUGUGGCAUUUCAAAUUCAAAUCCUGGUGGCACAUAUUUACUUCCAUACCGAUGGCUCUAAGAAGUGUCUUGACAAAUGCAAAGUGAUCAUAAAAUAUAAGAGAGGGAGAGGAAACUAGGACUACUUAUCCUCACGCUUCCAGAAAACAUAUGACAUUAUUAUUAGAAGGAGUUUUGUAAGUGUAAAGAAAUAUGUUUUUCAAACAGUUGCCUCUACGCCAAGAGGUAAUCACUCAGGAUAAUCAUUUCAAAACAUCCGCCGAUCGGGCUUUUUCUGACUUUAACGGAGAUGGGAGCAAAAUGCAAAAAUCUGGCCUGGUUAUGUGUUAGCUACUUUCACCGUAUUGUAUUAAUUAGCCCGCAUAUCUUAAUAAUGUUCUUUAUUUCAUUGAGCUCGCGCGUUGAUGGUAAUCUGCGAUAUCUGUGGAGAUUCUCAGUCAUCCGAGUUGUGAUCAUCGGCGCGGGUUGAAUCAAGGCGACGAACGACAUUUUGCGGACGUUGACGACGGCUUCUCCUGUUGCUGUGCCUUAGUGCCGGACGCUGCAGUAUUGCGCUCCGCAGUCUCCUCUCUAACGCGGCGGGCCCUCGGCGUCCUUAUCGUGAUCAUUCCAACCCAUGUGUUGACUGUGGCUUGUUCUUCCCUCGCCUCACUCAAAAUUUCCUGGUCUCCUCGUCCGCCAUCUUGUUUGCCGUCCUUGGUGCCCAAGAAAAAGCAAAACACGCGAGCCCUGCACAAGUUCCACUGCACUGUAGAUGCCAAUCGGCAGAAAAAUGAAAAUUGCAAUAGAGUCACGUUUGGAUGAAGACGUGGAUGUAGCACAGACAGUUUUGGAGUCGUCUUUUUUUUUAUAUAUAGAUACAUAAAUUAACCCAAAAUAAAGGGUUUGGAUGAACGUUUGAAUUCUGUUUUUGUUUUGAGUGCUUGUUCACGUCAACAUUUCAUUUUGUUGCAA